AUGGCCUCCUUCGCCGUGUCGAUGCGUUCUGGCGCGCCCGUGCGGGCCUCCGUGGCGAGGCGCCACGCCGCCAAGCGCCCGACGGCCCUCCCGGCGCUUCGCACCACGAGAGCCAGGACGCUGGUCGUGAGGUCCAAGCCGGAUGUGGAGAAGGCCAUUGAAGAGGCAAAGGAAGUGUGCGAAGGGGGUGAGAACGAGGCUGAGUGCGCGACUGCCUGGGAUCAGGUGGAGGAGCUCGCAGCGGCUGUUUCUCGCAAGAAGGCUGCUGAGGCCAACGCAGGCGAUCCCCUGGACAAGUUCUGUGAAGAGGUUCCUGAAGCCGAUGAGUGCAGGGUUUAUGAGGAUUAG